AUGUCUGCCACCGACCGGCUCUCGAACGAUGCGAUUCUAGGCCUCGACCUAGACGCCGAUUUGGGCCUCGACCCAACCACGUCUGGCAUCGUGCAGCCCUCUGCGGCAGCACAGGCAUCCCGGCCAAAGAAAAGGGGCGACAAACUUACCUCUGACAUCCUCCUUUCUGGGAAGGGAAUACCCAAGCUGCUCGACACGUUCCGUCGGUUCAAGUUCGCCAAGAGACCGAAAUCCGACGUGCUCUCCUCCAUCCACAGCAGCAGGAGCACCCUGCUCCACUCGGGCUCCGCCCGCUACGGCGACGACCAUCACUACAAGAACCUCCAGCGAAUACUAGCAAUCUACCAAGCUUUCGGUCACACACUCAGCCCGCACUUGAAGUUCGACCGGUUUAUUGGAAACCUCGCCCGAGGCGUCGACGACACAUACACCAAGGCGUGGGUGCGGGACCAGGUGAGAGAGGAGAUGCGGGCCAAGAUGGAGAAGCGGACGGCAAUCGACGCAGCUGCCGACACCAGCACCAGCAGAGCCGACCUGCUGCCACACCAGGAAGAAGUGCCCGCAGAACACGAGGACGAGGAGCAGUGGCCGGAGCUUUUCGGAGGCCAGGCAAAGGAACCUUCUCCUUCACAGAAUGGCCCCGACAGCUACAGCAGGCUGGAAGACGACGCCGCCAUCUCGCAGAUCAAACAGACCCCGAUGUUCUCCACCUUCCUCCGCACGUCCUCCCAGCCAAUUCCUUCAGACGAGGAAGACGAGGACCACAGCGAGCUCGCCAUGCUCGACGCAGCAGCCAGGAAUGGAGAAGCAGGCAUGACUGCCGGCGAGAUGGACGCUUUCGACGCGUUGACGGCCGCCGAGACCGGGCUCGAGGGCCUUCUUAGCGACGACGAAGACGACAACGAUGAGCCCAACGCAGACAGCGUCCCGGUCCCAGGGCAGUUCAGCCAGUACCUGGCCCGCCCCGAGUCUUCCCAGCAACCACAGACACAGACACAGACCCUCGUCACUUCCAAUACCCCUGCCUUUUCCGAUGACGACUUCUCCGACGACGACGACGACGACGCGGCGCUGCUUCUGUAG